AUGACAAAACGGGUCUUCCAAGCCUGGAAAGGAAGUAAUAAGUUCAUCCUUGGUGGGAGGUUAAUAUUUGGUCCAGAUGCUAGAUCAGUGCCUGUUACCGUGCUACUCAUCAUAGUUCCAGUUAUUUUGUUCUGUGUAUUUGUAGCAAGGCAUCUUCGCCAUGAGUUCUCGCCCUCCAAUGCGGGAUAUGCUAUAAUGGUGGUAGCGAUUCUGUUCACUGUUUAUGUAUUGAUACUCCUCUUCUUCACAUCUGCACGAGAUCCUGGUAUUGUUCCACGGAAUUCGCAUCCACCAGAGGAAGAGCUACGCUAUGAGACAACAGUAUCAGCCGAUGGUAGACAAACACCAAGUGUUCAAAUUCCGAGGACGAAAGAAGUCAUAGUCAAUGGCGUUUCUUUUAGAGUGAAAUAUUGCGAUACAUGCAUGCUUUACAGGCCCCCUCGUUGCUCUCAUUGUUCCAUUUGCAAUAACUGUGUCGAGCGUUUCGAUCAUCAUUGCCCAUGGGUGGGCCAAUGCAUUGGACUGAGAAACUAUAGGUACUUCUUUAUGUUUGUUUCGUCGUCAACACUUCUCUGCAUCUAUGUGUUUUCAAUAUCGGCUUUAUACAUCAAGAUUCUGAUGGAUGAUCAACGCGGAACUGUAUGGAGGGCAAUGAGAGAAUCACCUUGUUCGGUUGUGCUGAUGGCAUAUUGCUUUAUUGCCCUGUGGUUUGUUGGAGGUCUCACAGGGUUUCACUUGUACCUCAUUAGUACCAACCAGACAACCUAUGAGAAUUUCCGGUACAGACCAAGCAGCCGCAUGGUUGUCUAUGACCGUGGCUGUGUAAACAAUUUCCUGGAGGUGUUUUGCUCGAAGGUUAAGCCCUCAAGGAACAACUUUAGAGCCUUCAUCGAAGAAGUACCUCAAAGAUCUGUUACUCUACCUGGCACCACCAGGGAACCAGCCGAAGCAGAGGAUGAUACUGGGACACGGCGGCAGAAAGUGGAAGAUGACCUAGACAUUGGGGACGAUCUUAUGAAUAUCUCACAGCGGUGUAAUGCAGCAGAGGCCAACGACGAUCAACCUCAUCACACGUUGGACGUUGACCAAUCGAUUCUUGGGUCUGCUGAGAGAGCAGCCACGAUAAGGACAGAAACAAGGCAUGGAAGCUGGGGAAGAAGAAGUGGGAGCUGGGAUAUAGCAGCAGAUGUAGCUAAUUCUAAUGUCAAGGAGAGCCGAAGCUACGCAACAGAAAAGGAAGGAAGGGGAUGA